CAGCUUUCUGUGCCAAGGACCGACAAGACAUGGUGCACUUCAGUUAUCUCUUCUGCUGUUUGUUCGUUGGGUUCUCAGCCCUUCUGCUGAGUCCAGCUACUUGUCAAGAGGACGAGGUGACGAUGAAACUUGUAAUGGUGAAUGCGGUGAGUUCUUUCCAAGGUUUUAUUAUAAUGUCUCUUUAUCGUAUCUUCGCCAGAUACAAACCCACACCCAUGUGCCAAAGGAAUUUUUCUAACGUUAAAAAAUAUAUAAUUUGAACGCCUCAGCGCGUGAUAUCAAUUGAAAAUUGGAAAGAUUAGCUUGCGGCAGAUCCGGAACGCGAGACGGGGAAAGAUUCUUCCUACUUUUUAUUCUAUUGUUUGUAGUUUUUUUAAACCUACUUACGUUGCAAAAUUCCACAAGGAACUCUUUUCUCUGUCGCGAAGACAACAUAGUCCAACCCUGUUAAUACGGACACUGAAAGGUCUGUAGAAAGUGUCCGUAUUAAGCUUAAGGUUAUGUUGUUAACGUUAUAAAACAACACCUUUCAUUAGAAACAAAUGCUAAAGAAAUAAAAGAGGACAUUAGCAUCGUCAAAUUAAACAUCUCUAACCUUCACAAAGCCGUAAUUCCGCGGACUAGUAAUCCACCGAAACCCUCGAAAGUCGCUCAUCUAUAGUAUUGAUUAAUCCAAACCGUUCUCUGCUUACCUCUUUUGAUGCACAAAAGUAGUCACUAAAAAUUGACGUCUACAAAUCCUCCUAUCCGGUGUACUUAAGCGGUUGGAACAUCGACAUGCUAUCAACAAGAGAUUUUUUUACCUUCCAAAGUAAAGGUUUGUUACAACACACAGUGUCCGCAUUAGCGAGGUUGACUUUCCAUGAGAAUCUGUCUAUUGCGGCAAGAAACAAGUGUCCGUUGUCCGCAUUAACGGGUAUCCGUAUUAAGCAGGUUGAAUUUAGAGAAAAUGUAUGGGCUUUCUUUCCCCAGGGACAAAGUAAACUGUCCGUAAUAAUGAGGUGCCUGCAUAGCGGGGUUCGACUGUAUUAUCUUUUUUAGUUUUAUUGUCUAAAAUACCAUAUUUGUCUCAACCUGACCAGGUUUUGAAGUAAUAUAUCAAACAUGAGACGCAGUGUUUCAUCACCAGAUGAAACACCGAGAAGAGAGUUGAAAAUACGACGCGCAGCGGAGUAUUUUUGACGAACUUCGAGAUGUUUCAUCUGGUGAUGAAACACUGUGUCGAAUGUUUGAUAUUUCUUCUCAAACAAAAUCAUUUUUGAAGGAGAAAUUAAGGAUGCAAAUACUGAGCAGUUUUUCAUCCGAUUUCCAAGCACUCAUUAAACAUUAAUUUUCUUUGUAUUUUCUUUAUGAAUUAUUAAUGAGUUUGAGAACACGGUAUCACACGGUAUCUCCUUUUAAGUUUUGAAACUAUUAUGCUUGUCUCAUGAUCUUUUAAGAGAGAAAGCGAAAAGAGACUGGGUCACAAUGUGAAGCUCUAGAGCCCAUAACUAGAGAAUGGACGCCUGCCACGCAUGCGCGGGCAACACCCCCCCAAGUCAGGAGUUCAGGAAUUUGAUUGGUUGUCAUAUGACAACUAGGCAUUAUACAGAUAACUCGGUUUUGCAUAUUUAAUUAGGAGCGGAUCCGUAAGGGGUAAUUGCUCUUGUUUGUCUGGCUGCAGGUUUAUCGUCAUGGCGACCGUUCUCCUACCCACAUCUACCCAAAUGACCCUUGGCAAGAAGACGUCUGGCCUCAAGGAAUGGGAAUGUUAACCCAGGUAAGACCGUAAGUGCUGUACCAAGCUCCUGGUAAAUGAUUCAGGGGUUGUUGUUAUUUAUUUAUUUAUUUAUUUUUCUCUUAUUAGGUGGUUCCUUUUUGUUCUCAGAAAUUCACUCUCUUUCCAGGUGAUCGAAAAGAGACGAGAAGUGUGACGUCACGUUACCAUGGAAACAAAAUUUCUGGAUCACAACAAUCGUUCUUUCAGAAACGGCCAUUUGCAUCGUCGAACGAUGGAAGUCAUUCACGUCAAUUUUUUUUCCUACAAUAUUUGCAGGCCCUUGGUUUGUUAAAAUUUAGAAAUUUUGCUACCAUGGCAACUUGACGUAAGGGGAGUGCAAAUACAAAGAAUUUUGCUUGCAAACGAGGCUUGGUGGUUAAAUUUGCUCGUCUGACGUAUUCAUGCAUAAGGGCCGUUCAGUUAUGAUAUAGAAAUUCUACGCUGAUAUGCGUUUAUUAAACGACCGCAAAGCGCGAAUAAAAGUGCACAUUUUUAAUUUCAGAAAGGGAUGCGUCAAGAAUAUGCCCUUGGUGAGUUUCUUAAGAGUCGAUAUAUGAGGACGUUCAAACUACUAAACUCAACGUAUAUUUACAAGCAGGUAAGCAAACCAAAGGGUUUUUUUCUUUGUAACAUUUUACGUUGGCGCAAAAGCUACUGAUGGAUUUUUUCGCCCAUGUACAGUAAGGAAAUCCGGGAAAUUUUUGUUUUUGGAAUCCGUAAACCAGCAACUUUUUUGCUGUGGAAUCCGGGGAAACCUGUGCUAUGAAAUCCGGAAUUCAGCUCAAGGAAUCCGAAAUUCCGCUAACGAUGGAGUCAGACUGAAAUCCAAGUUCCACUGACAAAGAAUCCUGAAGCUAGUACCUCAGGAAUCGAGAAUCCAAGAGCUGUCCAGGACUUAACAUGGGGCGAGUUGUUAUAAACCACCUGAGGAUAAGUCAUGGUGGUCUACGUUCAUUCUACCCUGCGAGCAGAGGCUACAUUUUCGCGGUAUGAGCUGGCGUGCGAAAAGUAGCCUCUGCCGACAACCGUUCAAAUCCGUCCAAAAAUCUGGACGAAUAAAUUAAAAAAACGGGUUUUUUCUUGUUCUUGACCGGUUUAGAGCAUUGCGUGAGUCUUGCGUCAGCGAAUGAUCGCUGACCAUUAUUGCGCCUUCAUGCAUCCCCUCGCGCCAAAUUCUCGCAUACGAACGCGGAUCAACAUAGCUCGAACGUAGCAACAGGAAAAGUUCAAACAACUUCAAACAUCCCUGUUUAUGUGUUUAAAAGAGCGUCGUCAACAACUUGAAUAAGCUCUGUAUUUUAAAGCUGUCGCAAUACCAAAACAAGCUGCUGCCGGUGCUUCUUACGGGACCGUGUAAAGAUCGCUAAUUUAUCAUUAUGGUAGUUCUUGUUUGUAAGGAAAAGAAAAUGGAUACUGCGGUGAUUUUUGUUGUGUCGCCUCUCAAUGCAAGGCUAAAUGCACUGUUUUAAGACACAAAUGGGAACCGGAAUGUUCAAAAGAAUCAUCGAUCAGUUUUCUUUUGGUGGAAAAAAGAAAAAAAAAAAGCUUUUGGCUGAACACUGAUUCGCCCUCAAGGACUUCAACCUGGUUGGUUUCUUCACGGUGGAAAGCUUCUCCUGUUCUGAAAAGAAACCAAGCCGGCAAAGUUUUUAAAGAAUUUUCAGGUACAACUUGCACAUUAAUGGUCAACGAAGUUUCGUUUUUAAAUGGAAAUUUAAGUAUUUAUAGUUGUUUCAUAGAUGUUUUAUACGACUUGAGACGGAUUUUGCCGUUGACAUUUAAUGUCUUCGGCAGCUUUUACUUGCGUGAAAUGAUCCACGAUCCAGUUAGUAUUACGCGAAUUGCUUUUAAGGAUAAAAUUAUGGGUUUUCGAAUAAAACUUUUCGAUAAAUAAUUUUACGGACUACCGUUUUGUCUAUGUUCAUUCAUAACAUUAGUUUAAAACACAAUCGUGAGACUACAGCAUCCAAUUUAUUUCAAGCAUCACUUCUGCGUAGCGUUGUCGGCGAAUUUUAUCUUUCACGCCAGAAAAAUGUGCUCCCCGCAAAACAGACAGAACUUACUACAGUUGAUAGCAUAAAAAUACUUUCCUAAAAAAGACGAUCCGUGGAAAUUUUGGGGCUAAAUUACUUAAAACCAGAGGGGGCGAAACAGAAAAACAAAACAAAAGCUCGAGGAGAGUAGUUCGCAGGUAGUUUACGCAAGUUUGAUUCCCGCGAAACUCACGCAGAUUUGACGAACCAGUUGCUUGCGAAUCGCGUGACGAAUUUAGCGCAUGCACGAUAGAAAACUGAACGGUUGUCGGCAGAGGCUACUUUUCGCACGCCAGCUCAUACCGCGAAAAUGUAGCCUCUGCUCGCAGGGUACGUUCAUUCAAGUUACAACGACGAGAUAGGGAGGAGAGUUGACAAGCGGCAUGGCCUUGAAAUAGCGACAUUUAGGACAGAUGAAAUGGCCACAAACGACGUGAAGAUUGGUUAAAACACCGACAGCGACAUGGCCUUCCCAAUACGCAGAUACGCGAAAAGACCAAUUUUGAAAUUCAGACUAGGGACAUAAGUACAUAUCUAAAACAGCCUCGCUAUAAAGUUGAAACAUUUCGCCAAUAACAGGGCGCUGUCAUCGGCGGCCACCUGACAUCGAAUAAUGAAUUGUUUCCUGCCAAAACAGUCUGAGAGGUCAUAACAUUGCAAAAUCUACGUGUCUUGCUUAGUCGGUCAAUGACUCUAGGUUAGUCAGUCAAUGACUCUAGGUUAGUCAGUCAGUGACUCUAGGUUAGUCAGUCAAUGACUCGGGUCCCUGUGAAAACCAAUUACUUUUUCCUCUCGGUAUAAGUAGGUGCUUCACUAGUGUUAAUUAUGUUUUUUUGUCUUACAUUUCUCUGCGUAGUUGUAUAUUCGAAGUUCUGAUAAGGAUCGCUGCUUAAUGAGUGCCCAGACACAACUGAAUGGAUUGUACCCACCCCGUGGACAUCAGGUAAAUAAAAAUAAGUUUUUUGUUUAUUAAAGGCUUUAAAACAAAGACGAAUCGUUGUCCAUGGUUUUUCUUUGGUGAACUAUACGGCACGUUGUGAUUGGCUUAAACACAUUGUGCGACCUUCUCAAUCAAUCAGAAGAAAAACAUGCACCCAGUCAUUUUCCCGCGAAUGGAGCCAGCAGUUGCCAGUUUCAUGUAACAGGCUCCGAGUGUCGCUUCGAAUUCAGAAUCUUUCAACAUGUUAUACUUUCCAAGGUCUGCUGUAGUUGUGACUUGCACUUUUAGACUUUCGGUUUUCCCCAUAAAAGUUAUCCUGUCCUUGUCUAUAACUCCAUGAGACAGAGGAGGAGCUUUUGUAGUUCUCUGUUGACUAACUGUAGGCUCCUUGACUUCGUACGCUCUUCAUGGACUGACUGUGUGUCAUCUUUUAUUUAAAGAUAUGGCGUGAUCAUCUGGACUGGCAGCCGAUUGGGAUCCACGUGGUACCAAAGAAAGAUGACUAUGUAAGUUAUAUUCAUAAGGAACCGUUGGCAAAUGUCAUACAGGCACCCGCACUAAAUUUAAUAAGACUUUAUGAAUUCCACAACUUUUAAAGUCAUUUUACUUCAAAUUAGCACAAUUAUCAACAAAACUCUUUUAUAAACUAAGCCACCAGUCUAUAUGGGUGGUAUAGAUAUCUUAAUGGAGUAAAACCUCCUCAUGUUCGCAGAGAUACAAAGUCACAAAGCACGCUAUGGGCCAAAUGUAAUUGCCCUGGAGGCCAAGCAGUUUCUAAAACCAUUGUAUUGGUUUCAACAUCGAAACAGAGAAAGACAAUUUUCUAAUCAUUAAACUAUUUAUACAAAAUAUCUUUGUUUAUUUGUAACAAAAAUUGUUUUAAAUGGUUUGAAGCCACUCAUCUUAAGUUACGAUAUUACUUCGUUUAAAAAUUAUAAACAACGUCAACUCAAUGGUUAAUAAUAAAUUAUGCACAGACGUAGGGCCACACACAAAUGUUAAUAUGUUUACAUUAAAAAACGUGACUUGACGAACUUAUUUGAUUACUUUCACAGUACAGUGUUGUUUUCUAUUUCGUUUUGUUUCUAUAGAGCUUGUUUCACUCAUCUCAGUUCUUCAAAUUUGAGUUGCAAUCUAUGUUUGUGGUACUAUCAUCUUUAAUAAAGAAAUUAAUGCAAACGUAUAUCGUCAUAGUCUCUGGGAGUAUUCUAAACGUUUCCACUGUUCAUUUGAAUGGCAUUUGACACCUCAUAUGACGUUAUCUAUCAAAACCUGUAUCAGGCGGACACCCUGUAUUAAGCGGACACUACAGCAUUCCCCGAGGGUGUCCGCUUAAUACAGGUCUCACUGUAGUCUCUCUUUUUUCUUGGUCCUCGAGCAAAACGCGCGAGACACGCAAAUGCCCUCUUUUCUUGCGUUUCGCGCACGCGUGCACUCCCGUCACUAAAUCUGAAGAAAAAGAGAAAUUGCUCGAAGUCUGCCGAUCUCUGUACAGAUUGUUAAACAAAAAUUCAAAGCAACGCUAAAAAAACAGAAAACGUGUUCAAGAAUAACCGGUUAAAUCCGGGGAUAAAUCCUGAUUAGUCUUAGCUGUUAGUUAAGGAGAAUUCCUGAUGCAGCUUAUAUAGACUUUAUAUGGCGCUACGUUUUAUUGCAGCUUCUCCGGCCGUUUGACUACAAUUGUCCUCGAUUUUUUAAACUGCAUGAUGAAGACAAAAAGCAACUUGAAUACAUUCAAAUGUCAAAGAAAUAUAAGGUAAGCCUUGCGUUUGGGAUGUUAAGUAUUUGAGACAGGAAUUCUUCUCAGUAUUCAGUAACUAGGCACAUAUAAAUCUUCUGCCUUUUAACUCGUCUAGAGGGUGAUGAAGAAUCUCUCGCAAGUUUUACAUGAUCAGCUUGUAAGGUAGUAAAACGUGACUGUUAGCUGUCCCUCAAGAUUGUGGCACGCGAGGGCAUGUUUUGCGCGAGCGAGUGAGUUUCUUCUCCCUCGCGCGUUUGCCUGUCUCGCUCACACAUAACAUUCUUACCCGCGUGACAAUCCUGAAUUACUUCAAUAGCAGUCUACAAUCGAACAAAUAUCAGAAAAGGUGCUCCAUGCCCUUUAAACAAUACCCUGCCUAGCAACUAUUAGUGAUCUUACGCAAUUACAACAAUGACAACGACCCAGCAAAAAGAAUUUCUACAAAACAUUUAAGUGAUUUUAUGAGCAAAACAACGACUCUGCUCGUGUAUCGCACUUUUUUAAAACAUUUUUUGGACGUCCGUCACUGUACGACUGCGAUGUAAAAUUACUACGCUGUUCUAGUUAAUAGCCAAUUAGCAAUAGAUUCUCAGCGAUACUCCUUUGUUGAUAUUUUUGCAGGAUAUGUUGGCCUAUGUCUCUGAAAAUACAGGAGAAAAAGUUGACGUCUCGACUACUUACAAGAUCACUGACCCGCUGAUUUCGGAGGUAAGGGCAUUACUCUUUUUAUUGGCAUUCUUAUUUUUUGAAAGGGUAGGUAUAGCCUUCGUUGUAUUUUAAAAACAGCGCUUGAGAACAUAACAUCGCUAGAGUAAUAGUUCCCUGAGUAGCAGUUUUGGUGCCGGUCGUUGCAGACUCUCCAUUUCGAGUGGUGAGCGAAGCCCCUCGAUUUCGCGUCUCAUCUUGUGUGUCACUCACGCGUGACUUCUCGCGAUAUUCCCCAAAUGGAGGCCUGCUAAUUUGAAGCGUUUGGUGACAAAUUUUAAUUAAAGGCUGCGCAAUCGCUGCACAAGAGACCUGAAAAGGUUGUGAUGGACUAUUUAACCCAAUGGAGUUGACAUCUGAAGUCCAUGGCUCGGGGCUUGGUCCAGUUUGCCCCAGUCUAUUUUCGAAGAAAUUCUUUGUGAAACCGACUGCAACUUUAGUAGAAAUUACUAAGGUACACUCUUGGUAUUUUUAGGCAUCUCACGGCCUAGCAUGGCCUGAUUGGGUCAAUAACGGUACAACUUAUAAAGACCUUAGAACUGUGGCCAAUUUUGGAAUGUACUGGAAUUUUAACACCCGUGAAAAGGCCAGACUCACUGGAGGUAUGUCUUGAACAAUUUUUUAAAACUGUUUUUGCCUUUUACCUGCUAACCCGAGCAGUAGUGUGGAUACUCUUACGUCUCACAAGAAUUAGAUCUGUGAGAUUUUGUUGGACGGAGCGCGCGGAUUUUCUUCCUAAUGUGAGAUGGAUAUAAUCCGCUGAUAAUAAUGUCUAACCACUUACAGAAUAAACAGAAGGAAAGGAGCAGAUCCAACUCAACUGCUUUAAAAACCUGAGUGCGUUUCUGGCCUUGGAAUUGAUCUCGGGCCUUCCGCUACAAAACUUUGAUUGAUGAUUCUAUAAUCAGUUGGCGGUUACCUAAAAAUAAAUAGUUCCGUUAAUUCAAACAGUAUGAAUUACUUCUAAAUGAGCCAGCCUUGUUUUCUUACUGGACGUUUUUCCUCAGAACUGAAUGAAACAAUGUGACUGAUAAUUUAUAAAAGAAAGAGAUGGUCACGUGGGGCUAGAAAGUCAGCCCUCUCAAUAAAUAGUAAUGAAAAUUAACAACUUAAGGGACGGCCAUGAAUACUUUGUGUUUGCUGGAGCACAAAAUUGGUUUCAUUCAUGUAGCCAAUCCGUUUCUCCCUGCAGGGGUUCACUUUAACAACUCUUUCAAAGCAAUCCAGGUUAUUAUGAGAUUUCAAUACAGCGCGCGUUCACGAGAGACUUUUGCUUCAAAUUUGUAGGUGCACUUGUGGGAAGAAUGAUCGACAACAUGAAACUUAUGUUAUCUCCACCUGAUACCACGACGGAGCCUGUCAGAAAAGCCUACCUAUAUUCAGCUGUAAGUCAGAAUUAACCGUUUUUAUGAUCCAUUUAAGAGAAGGCCACCGCCAAUCGUCGCUAUAAUGUGGAAGUUGCAGUUGUCUGUGGGAUAAGUGCGAUAUGCUGAAAUCGUGUUAGAAAAAGUAACCAGGCCUUGUAAAUAUAGUCGGCUUCGGGUUUGUUAGUUACAUGGCUACAAGGGUUACCUGGAGUUACAGGGUAUUACGGGGGGUUACAGAUGGUUUACAGGGGGUAACAGGGGGUUACAGAGCAUUACAGGGGGUCACAAGGGUUACAGGGGGUUACAAGGGAUUACUGGGGCUUACAGGGAGUUCCUGGGGAUUACAAGGGGUUACAGGUGAUUACAGCCCCCGACGUAAAUAAAUGACUCCUCAUUAGAUCUUCAAGUUCUUCAUUUUUGUAACUUGAAAGUAACGUUCUCAGUUUCUUGGAACCAAAAAUGGGUUUUACAAACCAAUUUGUAAACUGCAGACGGAGUCAUCUUAUUCAAUUUACAGCACGACACUACAGUUUCUGCGUUUCUGAGUGCCCUUUUAGCUUUCAAUCGCGUUUGUCCAGACUAUUCAUCCGCUGCCAUAUUGGAACUGUUCCGUUCAACUAACGAUAGUGUUACGUAAGUAUCUCGAUUGGAACACAAUAGUUAACAAUUUUUGAAUAAGGCUAAGUAUGAUAUGAAGAAUUAUGCAAAAUUCAAUAAUUAUUCAUUUAUAAUAUUCAGAAUAUCUUUACAACUGUAAUUCCAAGUGGAGCGACAAGAGUGGCCGAGUAGAACUCAGGGCGACCUAGAACAAAUCUAGUCAAGGCUGUCGGGGCAGGACUUGAAGUCGUGGCCUCCGGAUUACAAGUCUAGCGCUCUUACCGCUCGGCUACGCGCGCGCUGGGGCUGUUGAGUAAUAUAGGCGAAAUGCCGAGGAAAAGGAAUGCUAAAUCUGUAGACGUAGAUGCUUUUACUGGUUCACUUUUUUUCACAAUAACCAUAUUCCACCUUGCUUACCCCCAAAAAUUCUGCAGAAGGAGUAUUGUUUUCAAAUUCUCUCGGAAGGAUUGUAAAUCCCAAGAGAAAGUGGAAACAAUGCUUAUGCAAAACGUUUUUUUUGGGGGGGGGGGGGGGCGCAAACAAGGUGUAUUAUGGGCAUUUGAAAGCAGCGAAUUUCUUGCAUUUAACAUCUAAAAAUAUCCACAACACAACUAGGUGGAAGUCAGCACAAACCUCUUACUGCCGUAGUAUCUUUCAAUGCAAUACUGGUUACACAGAGACACUUCUUAGGAAAAACAGUUUUCCUCAGUAUCCAUCAGUACAAUUAUUUUAUUACCUUACAAAUUUCGUUAUUUUCAGACCGCAGUUCUUUGUGCGUUUGGUGUAUCGAUUUGGUCAAACUUCUCCCGAAAUACUCAAAAUACCAGGCUGCGACACGUUCUGCCCACUGGAAAAGUUCAUAGAGUAAGUAUCCAUGUGUGCAACGGUAUGUACUAAGUUUGGUGUUAGCAUCAUGGAGGUGUACUGAGCUUAAUUAAUGGUUUUGUUACAGAUCACACAAGUAUGUUAAUACUAAUGAGUUAAAAUAAAGAAUCUUACUUAUUACUUUCUUACUUAUCAUUUCAGUGGUUCGUACGUCUAAAAUAAGUUUGUUUGUUUUCUUUUUGUAGGUUAACAGCUGACGUUAUUCCCGUUGAUGUGGCAAAGGAAUGCGCCUUAGAACAAGAAAAAUGCACUUGUAUUAAAGGUAUUGUAAUUUAGGGCUAGUCAGACACAGCUCAUAUGACAAUGAGCAAUUAUUGAAUGAGGCUGAGUUGGAUGCGAAGAAUUAUGCAGAUCAAGGAGGAUGUUAUCCACUGAGAUCUGCAAAAUUUCUCACGUCAUACGACAUCCGAAUUCAAUAAUUCAGUUUUAUUAUUCAUUUAAAAUAUUUUUCAGUUCUUAACAAGCUUACUUCCCUGGCUCCCCGUAGACUUUCUUCUAAACUUUGGCCCAUUUUUCGUUACAGUUUCAGGACAUAAACGCAGAUUUUUUUCUUGCAGAUACUCCUAUGAAAGCAGAUAGCAUCCAUCGAGCAAUAUGUUUUGCGUAUUCUUGCUUUUUCCGUUCAGUUUUACAGUUGAACCUCUCCUCAAUGGCCACCUUGGGGGACAGAAAGAAGUGACCGUCGUAGAGAGGUUUGAAAAAGGAUCAAUGUAUGGACGUGUCCGCCAAAAAAAGUGGCCGUUGUUCAGAGGUGGCCCGUUUAGUGGAGGUUCGACUGUAGUCACAACAUUCAGCUAUUUCUUCUUCGGGUAGCCUCAGUUAACUGAUGACCUGACUUAACUUCCAAAAAAAAUGGCUAGUAAUGAACUCUUUUGAAGUUUUAUUACCACUUUUUACACUAUUAACCUAACAGCUUAUCACUGUAACUCCAUACUGCAAAACAGAUGAACUCAAAGGAGAAAGAAAGUCUCUCAGUAGCUUAUCUAUAGUUCUCCGGUAUUCGUUCCAGUGAUUGACUAUAAUGCAGAGGGAUGCUAUAAGGAUUCGAAGAAAAAGAGCAAGAAGAUUUUUACGAAGAAGUUCAGCACAGUCAAUGGUGUCAACCGAAGGAACCCAGAUGUGGAGGAGAUUUUCUUGGAAUGUAAGGAGAUGGCAGAGAAGGAAGGCUACGAAAUAUUUGCAAUUCAGGUAAAAGUCUUGAUAUAUACUAAAGAAUUAUGGAUGUCAGUCAGGGGCGUAUCUAGGGGGAGGGUGCAGGGGGUGCGCACCUCCCCCCCCUGAGAUGACCUGCGGUUUCCUAAUACAACUGGUAUUCUGCAAAAAAAAAAAAAACUAUGUGGUUCAUUGGUGCUGAAGUAGAGCAAGAGACGAGUGCACCCCCUCCUAAAAAAAUUCCUGGAUCCGCCCCUGUCAAUAGAGCCUGAGCUUCAGACUGAACUAAGUAUCUCUAAGUAACUGGUCAAUAUAGAACAAGCAUUUAUGCACUGUGUUUCAGAAAUCUGCCCCUGAUAAGUUGUCGCUGUCGCAUUUUAGCUAUUACGAAAAUGUCGCUGUUAGUUUGGCAUAAAUGUUUGUGAUAAUCAAUUUGAAAUAGCGCAUGGUAAGAAUUAAUUGUUAUUAACCUUUUUCUCUCGGGGGAUCGUUAUUGAGGGGGCCAUAACUUUAUUCGGGAGAAUAACAACUUGGAGGGUGUUACUCGGGCCUCGGCGGACAACACCCUCCUAUAUGCAAUAUGCAAAAUUCUUCAUAACAUGACGAUAGCCUAAUGCAAUAAUUGCUAAUUAAUGAAGCAUUGCUAUGAUGCAAGAUAAAACUCACAGGAGGUAUUUUAAAUUUGUCUCUUAGAACGUCAAUAUGUGUGUUACAACUGCAAAUGGAAAGGUAGCCGAUUUCCAGAAGUUUGGUGAAUCUAAAGGCUGUAUUGUGAACAAGCAAGGACAUGGUGUGGGCAAAAAACGCGCAGCCAACUUCGUUUACACCGCGUAA